UUUUGUUUAUGAUGGAAGCUUCCUCCUCUUUUUCCGACAAUGGAUUGUCUGCUAACUCUGAUAAAAUCACCGAAACAGAAAUGGAAUUCUCUUAUGAAACCCAAAUAUUUGACAAUUCUGCUUUGAGGCAUCGAUGGGGGCCAAAUCAUGUUGGCGCAAAAAAAUUGGCAUCCAUGUAUGGGAGAGGGAAAAGAGUUCAAGAAUUGUUAUGUAUUUGGUUCGGCACUGCUCUUUUUUUACUCCUUUUUAUCUCCUUACUUCUUCACAUACAACAUAUACAAUUAGGAAAAAUUCUUUUUGCAGCUAUUUUUGGUGUUUUAGCAGCUGAUUUUAGUUCUGGCCUUGUUCAUUGGGGUUUUUUAUUGGAAUUUAUUAAAAACUGGGGAUACUAA